CAACCCCACCGCGAACAGUGCGAGCCCGCACGAAAAGGCAUUUAAACGUCACACACUAGCCGGAACGGAACGAACGUACACGCGUAUUUCGGUCGCGCUCUUCUCGGGGAAAGAAAAAAAAAAAGAAAAGCAGCACAACAAGUGCAAGUGGUGAAGUGUAGCUUUCUUCCUCCAUUAUCAGUGGUAGCAGCAGCAGCCCUCUAACACCUAAGCCAACCAAAAACCCACCCCACCAGCCAUGUCGGAAGUGAAAACGUACUCGUUGGCGGACGUAAAGUCCCACAACACGAACAAAUCGACCUGGAUUGUGAUUCACAACGACAUCUACGAUGUGACGGAGUUUUUGAACGAGCAUCCCGGUGGCGAGGAGGUGCUGCUCGAACAGGCCGGCAGGGAAGCAACGGAAGCGUUUGAGGACGUCGGUCACAGCAGCGAUGCCCGGGAGAUGAUGAAGAAGUUCAAAGUUGGCGAGCUGAUCGAAGCGGAACGAAAACAGAUCCCGGUGAAGAAGGAACCGGACUGGAAAAUGGACCAGCAGGAUGAUAACCAACUGAAGCAGUGGAUAGUGCCACUUAUUCUAGGACUGCUCGCCACCAUCCUCUAUCGGUUCUACUUCACCCAGUAAGUCCCCGCGGGCUGCGCACGCACACACAGGGGGGCCACCGAGCAGCUGCUACACACACACACACAUUUCCAAGUACUGUACUGUUAAGUGGAUGAAAGUGUUUGAAUGAACGCGAGUGAGGAGUGCACGUAGUAACGCAAAAAACAGAAAUGGCAUGUGGGAAAACAAACAUCGCAUCGCACAACGGCCACGGAACUAGGACCCCCACAGGGCCACUGGGCCACCGUGUUCCAGUAUGCAAUACAAAGGUGCUGUGUGUGGUUGCGGGAAGGGCAAUUAGUUAAAGCAAAGGGGACAACAAAAGAGGAUAGUGGAAAUACUAAGGAAAUGGCACCCAUCCAAGAAGCUCUUAUGAUAGUUUCAAACACUAGAAAAUCGCAACAACUGGAACAAUCUAAAGCAAAGCAAAAGCCUUCAUACAAAACCAAACGUUUUCCCCAAUGGCGUUUUGGGGCGAACAGGAGCGUACGCAUACAAGCAUUAAGGUAGGAUUUCAGAGCGCCAGGGAGAAAACCCGUGUGCGCCACGGUAACAAAAGCUAAACUCUAAAAAGGCCAACCAUAUUUAGAAGCGUAAUUGAUUUCUCUAUAAACUCUAUCUACUACUAUCUUCGCUAUCUACUACUAUCUCUGUCUGUGAGCCAACAAAAAACCAUCCAGAAACCAAUUCUCUCGGCACGGGCGACGAGAUGUGCUGAUUGUAAAUCAGCAUAUUAGGAUCCAUAUCGAAACACGAGACGAACGCGCCGGCGGAAACGAGGAUAGCGAAAAGAAUGCGACAAACGUCUUUAAAAACACGAUCGGCAAGAUAAUAUGUACCUCUUUUUUCUUCUAUGAAAAGUAGGAUACCAAAGUUUCAUCGACUGCCUUACCUUACAUACACACGACGUUUUUUGGGGAGGGAUGGAAGCAAAAUGCGAGCCGAAGGGAACGAAAAAAGGAUGGCAGUGAGAGAGAGAGAGCCCCACAUUGGCCUGUGAAAUGCAUAAAAGAUUUUCAUUUGUUACUCUUUGUAUUGUUAGAGCUCCCCGGGCUCGUGGUUCGUGCGUCACAAAAAGUAUGCUCGAUUUUGUCUUUCUUCCAGUUUGUUAGAGAGACGCCCUGUUUCCAAGCCUUUCUAGGUGCCACGGCACAAUUCUAGCACGCGUUAGCGGUAGGAGAGAGCGUUUAAUUCAUCAUACAUUUCUGAGCGCCUCACUGAGGGAAGGAAGGGACGGCUCAAAAACUGUUUCACGUUAGUUUAAAUGUUUUAUAUUGUGUUAGCUUCCGGGGCGUGAUACAAGAGGCACCAUACACACACACACAACAUACACAAGCGUUCAUGUUUUUUUAAUCUUAUCUGUAUGGGGAAAAGGUGUUUAAUUGCUGUGUUUUUUUACCUUUAACAAAGAUGCUUUUUUUACAAAAAAAUCUUUUCUAUGUGUCUACCAAAAUGGAGCGAAACGUUACGGAAUAAAAUAACAAAACUUUA